CCAGUCAGUGCAGCGUCACUUCGUAUACAAGGUGAAAUCACCCAGCAACAUUGUGCACAAAAAAAAUCACCACUCAAAAACGAAAGUUGUCAAAACUCGGCCAAGAAGAUGUCAUCGCCGACGUCACAGCCAAGUGAGGCUUCUGCCAAGUCUCGUCCAAGCACGUGUGCUUCAAGCAACUCUCGCGAGACCUGGAUGACAGCCAGAGGUACCACGCGUAUGGGCAAAGGGAUACUGGUUUUUACAG